AUGCCAACGAGAAAGGCUGAAAGUGACGGCUGGAGAAAUACUGGAAAACGAAGACAAGCCGCUAAAAGAAUCUGGUUAAGGUCCAAGCUGCAACUGGCAAUGACGAUCGGAGAACGAAAACUAGCUGUUAAUCCUGUGAAGGGCCAAACCACAAGCACCUUACAACUCUAUAUAAGAACCCUUACAUUAUCCUUCUACAUAAACACUCACUCUCUACUAACUCCCUCUGAAUUCCCACAAACGCAUCAAAUUUUGGAAGCUCUAAGUUCUCCAAUCUCAGGUGCCCCUUUGCUGCAUAAUGAAAAUGCAGAAGACCACUAUGUUGAGCCAUGGGCAAAGAGUAAGCGCUCUAAGCGUCCCCGUAUCGACAAUCCUCCGACUGAAGAAGAGUACCUAGCUCUCUGCCUCCUCAUGCUAGGAGGAGGUCAUGGUGGUGGCACCACAACCAUGAACAUCAACAACCAACCAUGUCUCUUGCUGCCAUCACAAACUCUCCGUUACAAGUGCACCCUUUGUCACAAAGCCUUCCCGUCUUACCAAGCCCUGGGUGGACACAAGGCCAGUCACCGAAAGCCUGUUGGAGCAGAAGACCAAUCCUCCUCCACCUCCACCACCACCACCACCACCACUACUACCACUAUCACUACCAAUUCUAACCCCUCAAACCCUAUCAGUAAGACCCACAAAUGUGCCAUAUGCCACAAGACUUUUCAGUCCGGACAGGCCUUGGGCGGACACAAGCGUUGCCACUACAAUGGUGUCAUCAUUGUCAACCAUAGUCAUCGUGACUUCGACUUGAAUUUUCCGGCCAUGCCAGAGUUCCAGCCAGGUUUUAACAUUCAACUCGCACAGAAAAGGUGUACUUCCCGGUGA